AUGUCUGGUACCAGUGGGUCGAAUGGUCCCAGCGGGAGUUCUUGCAGUCCCAAUUUGACUGCUUCGAGACACGCGUCGAUCGUGGAAAUGUUGUCGACGCCCCCUCAUUUGCCGCAUCACCAUCAGCGGCAACCGCAGCAUGAACAACAGAAGGGAGAGGGAGCGGAGGGGUUGGCGAGAACGACGUCGAUUGGAUCUUCUCAUUCGUCUGUUUCGUCGAUUUCGGGAUCUUCGAGAGAUCACGAGACGCAGACCGGGAGCGAGUGCGAGUCGGUGGGGAUGGGGCCUACGGCGUCGCAGUGUCUGUAUACGGUUCACCACCAGGAGUGGCAGCACAUCCGACUGUCGGAGCUGGUGGAGCAGAACAAGCUGGUGACGGUGCCCGGGUCGAUGUCGGUGGAGGAGGCGUUCAAUACAAUGAUCAGACACCAUCUGACGUCGCUGCCCGUGGAGCAGUAUCCCGGGGACAUGAACUGUCUUACUUUCGACUACAACGAUUUGAACUCGUAUCUGCUGGUGGUUCUGAACAAGAUACGCGUCAACGACCGCGCGAUCCAGCAGGAUUGUCAGAACGGCAAGCCCGUGCCGGUCGGGGAGAUCGUUAAGCUGACGCCCAAGAACCCGUUUUACAAGCUGGCAGAGACGGAGAACUUGUCGACCGUGAUGGGGAUCCUCGGAUCCGGGGUGCACAGGGUGGCCAUCACCAACGUGGAGAUGUCGCAGAUUAAAGGCGUGCUCUCGCAACGGCGUCUCAUCAGAUAUCUGUGGGACAACGCCAGGACGUUCCCCAGUCUGGAACCGCUGUUCAACACGUCGCUGCAGGACUUGAAGAUCGGAGUGCUCAAUUCGCACGCCAAGCCAACGUCGAGGCAAUCACGUGUGAUCUCGAUCCAGGGCGAUGAACCGCUUAUAAUGGCACUAUACAAGAUGUAUCAGGAACGCAUAUCGUCGAUCGCCGUGGUAGAUCGGCAGGCCAAUCUGAUCGGUAACAUUUCCGUGACAGACGUCAAGCACGUCACGAGAACCUCCCAAUACCCGCUCUUGCACAAGAGUUGUCGCCAUUUCAUCUCCGUUAUUCUAAACGUCAGGGGCCUCGAGAUGGGCAAGGACUCGUUCCCGAUCUUCCACGUGUAUCCGACCAGCUCGCUGGCAAGAACUCUGGCCAAGUUGGUCGCUACAAAAUCGCAUAGACUGUGGAUCGUCCAGCCCCCGGAAUCGGCGUCGUCGUCCACUUCGCUCGAAUCGCUGUCGCAGGGUUCUUAUGCGUCACCGUCAGCAGCCGCAGGCCCCAAUACCACAAACACUUCACAAUCACCCAUCAUCUCCGCCAUGGAAGACCCGCCGUCACCUCACUCCUCGGCCGUAGCAUCUAACCUCUUCGAGAAGGAGUACCGCACCGGUAAGCUGAUCGGAGUCGUCUCCCUGACCGAUAUAUUAGGUCUGCUCGCGAGAAGUCAGACCGAGCAUAAACAAGUCGAUCCGCAAAGCGCAAGGAGACAAAGAGGUAGCGUUAUAAGUUAA